UUAAAGAAAUAUCGCUGUAUUUGUUCAGACAUUUAAAAAAGUCGUGUGAUCAGGCGAAUUGAAAAUCAUUGACAAUUGAUUUUUUGCCGACUGAUUAGAUUUCUCUGUCGUCCUGGUUGUCUUAGUUUGUGAAAAAUGACGGAAAAGACACGGUUAAAGAAAGGUAUGAGAGUAUCGAUAUGCAAAACACGUUCCUUUAAAGAUAUUUUAGUCAUUUGUAUAAGCAUGGGAGUCUCAUUUAAACUGGAUAAUAUUGACGCGGGCACUACAACUGGAAAGAGCAAGGAAAAUGCUGUAUUGAAAGAUGGAAGUCUGGCUGUAUUAGCGAGAGUCGUAGGUGUCAAACAACUUAAAGGAUUAAUGCUGGCCAUGUAUUUAAACAUACCGAACACAUCUAUUGUAAAUCUGAUUAAUGAACAAUGUCCAGAAACCGGAUUAACUGAUGCAAAUGACAAAGUGAUGAUUGAAACAACACAGAAAUGUUUGUUGUAUUGGAAACGCAUAAGAUUAAAUUCCAAAGACAAAGAUAAACUUAAGGAACUUAAAACAGCGUUGGAAAAGUUAGGAGAGGAAGACAUCAGAAAGGUUGUUGAGGAUAAAGCAGCUGACAAUUUAGAAUUAACAGCCGACGCUUUUUCAGAGUGAAUAUUUCUUUUUUGUAGUCAUUUUUUCAUUAUUUAUAUGGCAAUGAACUUUUUUAGAUACUAUAUAGUAAUGCUAUCUAAGCAUCACAAAUCUAUUAUACUGUAUGAAAAACAUAAACCUGUGUAAAUUCAAAAAUAAAAUGAUACUAUAUGUC